AUAACGGCAGAACUUUGGUCCUCAUGAAGCCCAGAGAUUGUUAAACUAUGGUCAUGUCAAGAUUAUACUUCUACUCUUCUUUCUUGCUUUUAUUACGGUUCGUUGCCGCUCAAAGCAGCAGCUAUGAACAAGGGACAGGGUUCAAUCCAACCACGGCUAUAGUCAUGAUCGUACUCGUCAGCGUUUUCUUCUCACUUGGAUGUGUCUCCGUCUACAUGAGAAGGUGUCUCGAGCAAGCCCUAGGGAUCGACGACGGAAGAUCCGGCGACCCGGGAAACUGGCUUAACGUUAGGCAGCAGACGCCGCGUGGACUCGACGCGUCUGUCAUAGAAACUUUUCCGACUUUUCGUUACUCCACCGUGAAGACGUUGAGAAUCGGCAAAGAAGCGUUGGAGUGUCCCGUUUGCCUCAACGAGUUCGAGGACGACGAAACGCUGCGUUUGCUUCCUCAAUGUUGCCACGUGUUCCAUCCUGGUUGCAUAGAUGCCUGGCUACGUUCUCACGCCACGUGUCCUCUUUGCCGCGCUAAUCUCGUUCCUGUACCGGGUGAGUCUGUUUCUUUCGAGAUCUCCGGUUUAGCUAGAGAAUCCGGUCAGAGCUCUCCUCUAACGUCGAUUGUUGAUGAUAACCGGAGAAUGGCUUUGGCUUCUCCGGACGAGCGGUUACUUGACUCAGUGGCUUGGACAGGUAACCAAAGCAUGCCACGUAAGUCCAUGUCUACAGGGUGGAAAUUAGCUGGAUUGUUUAGCCGGUCAAGUUCUUACAGUCAGACCGAGGAGAAUCUAGACCGGUUCACGCUAAGAUUACCGCAGGAGAUACAUGAUCAGCUCAUGAACCAAGGGUCAAAAGGCCACAUUGCGCUACCCCAAGUGAGGAGCUCGAUACGAGGAUACAGAACCGGAACCCUAGGGACUGAAAGUAACUAUUUCUACUUUGAACGGUUCGAUCAAGACGGUCGGUUCGACAGAAGACCGUUUUCUAUAACUCCUCCGUACCGGACCGGCUUGAUCAGGUCUCCGAAUGGGGUUAUCAACGGGGGAGAUGGUUAUCAGGAACGUGCUGGUACACCCAAAAGUUUGCUUCUAGCAAUAAGGUCGCCGUUUGAUCGGUUAUUCACUGGAAAAAACAAUGUAGGUGAACGUUCUUACCUUAGAUCCGGUGAUGCGAGUCCUGUAUAGUCGGAUUUUAAUAAAACUUGGAUUCGGUAUAUAUUUUCUUCUAAUUUUUUUUGUGUAACAAAAAAACUCAAUACCUCUUACUGCUGAAAUGAAAUAAAUGGUUUUGGUUUAUCCUAAGUUUUGUGACUGUCAAACCAUCAAUAUAGCAAGAAAACCAUCUCACUAAGUUCUAUGUGAAAACUUCAAAGAGAUUCAUGAAACCAAAACCACCAUGACGGAAAUAGAGAACGGAUAGGUAGAGGGCAGGAACAUGUAGAAAAAAAAAAUCAGGUUAUGACUAGAUUAUCGAGAAAACCGAUAAUCCCCAAGAAUACUGACAAGAAGUGGAUACAAAGUAAAGGUGAGUAACGCAAGUUAUUAGAAGAGUGUAUUUUAUGAUUAUAGUCAGGGCAUAAAAUGAGAAACCACCUUCCGGAACUAUAUCUAUCGGUCGCAUCCUGUAAAUUCCACCGACUUUCACCUGCAUCCGAUCAAAUGCUAUUUAGGAAGCAUGUCAUUCUCAAUUGAAAAAGAAAGAAUCCUAAAGAGCGUUAGCUAAAACACCUCAUAAAAGGAAAUCACCCUAGCGUAGAUCAUAUAUGAAUAAAAAGAAUCCUAAAGAGUGUUAGCUAUUAACCUCAUAUAAAAGGAUAGGUUCGACUUAAGCAAAGGCCAGAAGAACACCUCCAAACUAGGCCAGAGUAACUGUUUCUUAAUAAAUAAGAUUCACUUGUAAUUUUGUAAAUUAUGGCGGCCGAAAAUACUGAACUUGAACGUGCAAGUAUAACCGACGAUGAACAUGACUGGAUUAGUCACUUUUAAUUAAUGGCACACUUAAUACAAACUGCGUACACCUGACAAAAGAUUUAAGCUGUUUUCACUUCUAAACAAAACCUAGUAACUGCGAUAAGGGAGGGUGUGUAAGGUACUGAUAGACUACUAUAAAUAGAGGGGAGGGAGAACUUUUGGUACGGUUUUUACCGUUUACGCCUUCAGAGAGAUUAGGAAAAACCAAACCCUAAACUGUUCUGGUUUAAGCUCUUGAUACUCGACCAUUGUUCUUCGUUGCUUAAUUAUUAUCACUCAUUUAUCAGCGACUUAUAAGUUAUAACUAAUCAUUAAUUUCCAACACGUAUCCCAGUCUCGACACUAAGAGUUACAUGAAAGUCAGGCAUUUGUAGUAAGAUCAACGGCCACAAACAGUACUCUAAAUGCCACACCCAGAAUGUGAAAUUAAAGGUGAACAGCUAAGAUGCAUUUGAUCUCAAGACUCUGUAACCAGAUGAAAUGAAAUCUGGAAAUAAUUUUAUCUUUGAAGCUACUAUGAUGGAUUUACCUGUUAUAUGACACGUUUGAACGAGUAAUUCAUCUUUCAACUACUAAUAUCUUAUUUGUAUGUGUUUCAGUUAGAGUUCAUGUAUCGUUUUCCAGUGUGGCCAAUCAUUUUUCAAGUUUUUGGAGCUAUCGUUUUUCAGUCCUAAUAUCUUUAGUGUUUAUGUGUUAAUUAAUUGUUUUUUUAUACUCUAUUUCCUUAUCGAUACAUUUUUCAUUUUUGCAAAUCUUCAAAACUCUAAAAAUUAAAACCUAAAACUUAGAUCCUAAAUCAACAAACAGUAAAUCCUAAACCUAAAUCCCAAACUAUAAAUUCUGAAUCCUAAACCAAAAAUAAAGACUGGUGAAUCCAAACUGAUUAAUUGAUGCAUAGUAAAUAUAAAA